AUUUUUAAAAAGGAAUCAUUUGGAAUUUUUUAAUGUUAAAAGUUUGAAAUUAUACAAUACAAAAUAUCCUAUUUUGGGACCCACCUCCAUUUCUGAAUUUAAAGAUUUAAAAGUCCUUUAUUAGUCCCUCACAUGCUUCGGCUUCAGAUCUGAUCCGAAGAACCAUUUGCAGACCCUCGGUUUUAUCAAUACAACAGCUCAGAUUAAGAUAAUGGGUCGUGGAGUUAGCAGUGGUGGAGGACAGAGUUCUUUGGGAUACCUCUUUGGAAGUGGAGAGGCUCCAAAACCCACUAAUAAUAAUACUGUUGAAGCUGCUCCCGCUCCUGUUCCUGCUUCUCAGAACACAGGACCUGUUGCAAGCAAUGCACCUGCUCAGAAGCCCGCUUCUCCUGCGGAGGUCAACAAGCAGAUUCCAGCUGGUGUACCAGCUACUGCUACAAACAACUAUUUCCGUGCUGAUGGCCAGAACUGUGGCAACUUUCUCACUGACCGGCCUACAACAAAGGUCCAUGCAGCCCCUGGUGGCGGGUCUUCGCUGGACUACCUGUUUGGUGGAAGUGGGAAAUGAAACAUCAUAUGGCAAUAGGUGCUGGAGCUGUCGCUAGAGGGCUGUUGAAUUUGAUGGCAAAUGGUAUUUUGAUGUGUUAGACAGAUGGAAACAAUUAAUCCAUUACUUAAUAUAUAACUGUCUUAACUAGGCUUCUUGUUGCCUUUUACAACUUUAUGAAUUCAAAAAAGGUCUGAAUGCAUGAACAUUCUGUUUA